AUGUCUCGUGGAUCUGUGGUCGUCUCGGAUAUCCUCGUAGUUGUAACAACAUGGUACUACAUCAGCCGUACAAGCUCUGUGAGAACACAGCUUGGACGUGAUAUGUGGGCUGCAAGGCCCAAUCUCACGACUGUCAUGUUCCGAGAUGGUACUAUGUACUUCCUAAUUAUCUCACUGCUCAACAUUGUCGACCUUAUCAUGAUUGUCAUCACUGUCAGUAGUUCUUUCUAUGUCUUGGAUAUAACAGGUUUGACUACAGCGAUGUCGAGCAUCCUGAUCUCCCGCUUCCUCAUCUGCAUCAGCGAGGCCGCAAAACGCUCAACACACAUGUUCGGCUCCCAAUCUUUAUCCUUCGACGACUCGCACGGCAGCGUAUCCACACAAACAUGGCUCUCUAGUGUAGAGUUUGCUGCAGAGAAUGGCCAUGCGGAUGCUUUCCCCGAUCUCGAUGACAACAGCGACAACUUGGACUCAGAAUGUGGUGAAGAGGAACCAGAAAAUGAGAAUGGAAUUAGAAUGGACGAAUUAACAGCAGGUGGACAGCAGUCUCCUCCAACGUGA